CAUCUCAGUCUUUCUGAAUUCUGAUCUGUGGUGAAAAUACUCAAAAUAUGUCAAUACGAAAAUACGAUGAAAUGUUUUAGAAAUGUUUUUCUAUAGAAAAUAGUUUUUCAAUGAAUUGUAAAUUGAAAUCUGUCUGUCAUAAUGAGUUUUUUAACUGUAGAUAGACAACCAUCUACGAGUACGGAAAAAGCAGAGGACACUUCAGAUAGCAAAGAUGACUUAGAGGUGGAUAAUUCAAAAAGCGUUCUGCUUAAAAUAGCAACUCUCUAUGCAGAGCAGCUCAUGAGUGAUCUGACGCUGCAAGUGGCCGGUGUGGAGUAUCCUGCUCAUCGGCUUAUCCUCUGUGCCAGUAGUGAGGUGUUCCAGGUGAUGUUGAUGAACCGCGAAUGGAGCGAAUGGCGGGAGAGUCGCAUCGUCCUACAGGAGACACCCACCGCGGCUUCUGUCUUCCCACACUUCUUGAAAUAUUUUUAUACUGGCCAAAUACGUAUAUCUCAUCAGACUGUGCUUCCUGUACUUUCAUUGGCUGAUAAAUAUAAUGUUAAGGAUCUAGUCUCCCUGUGCCUCAGUUAUAUGUCACAGUAUAUAGCACAAGCCGCCAAACGUGGGCAACUUAUCGCGUGGAUGCAGUACACGAUGGCCUGCGGGCAUAACGAAGUAGCCAAGGCAUGCCAGAACUUCGUGAAGUGGAACUUGGAGUGGGUGUGGUCGGACAGCGAGCUGGGCGAGCUGGAAGGGGAGACGCUGGUCCAUCUUCUGCAGCAGAGCGACCUGGUGCUGCACAACGAGAUGAGCCUCUACCAAUUCGUGGUGCGAUGGCUGAAUAAGCAGCGCGAGCGACUGAACAGCAGCGAGCUGACUUCCGCUGAGAAGAAACUUCACUGGGAGUCGCUGGUGCCGGCUGUCUUCUCGCAUGUAAGGUUUCCGAUGAUGUGUCCAAAACAACUCGCCAAGUUGUUACUGUGUCCCCUUACGCAGGAACAUAAGGAUUUCUUCAUGGACCGUAUGGCUAUAGCCAUGAGUUAUCAGUCAGGCCAAUACGAGCGUGUGUCGGAGGUACAACAAACUGAAGCAGGUCGGAUGUUAUUCACGCCGCGGCUGUACACAGAGGACACUUGGGGUUCGGUGCUGGCGGUAGACAACUUCCACUCGCUACCAUGCUACCACACCAGGACCUUCAUAUUCUCCACCAGGCCGGCCAUAGCUGACGUGGCGCCGCAGGAUAAACUUGUCGAGUGGACUGUCGAUCUGUAUCCUAAGGGUGUAUGGUUCAGGAAGAGCUUGCUGAUCGUCUGGGCGGGCACGUAUGAUGUACCGGAGGUGGUGUUACGGACUGUCCGCAUCUCAAUCACCUGUCAGAACUGCCCCGAGUCAUUGCUGGACGAGUACGGCGACACCGACCAACUUGAUGCCGACGUGAGAGUCAAGAUUGGUAUUUUAGUUUGGGGUGUGCAGAAGGGUGUGGAGCACGUGUCUUCAGUUGUGGAGAGGGUGCAUCGAUUCUCAUCACAGAACAGAGUGCUGAAUAUCGACGGGGCUCUGGACUUCGACGAGCUGAACACGCCGCUGUACUCGCCGGCGCCCCCCGCCGCCCCCGCCGCCCCCGCCCCCGCCCCCGCCGCCGCCCCGCCCGCCCCCGCCGGCCCCGCACACGACCCGCGGCCAGAGCGGGAACGGUCGCCCAGACCCCACAAGGGACCAGGGCGAUGUCCGAAGUGCACCGAUACAUGCGACCUGCCUGAACCGAAGCACUUGCUAGGCACAAAUCGUGAUCAGCUACGGAUACAAGUAGUAAUAAUGCCACUAACGGACUACUGCCACGUGGGUGUCGCGGACUUUCUACACGGAUGACCGUGUGCCGUCCUGCUCACACUAGCAAGAGCCUGAGCCCGCGUAGAACGAGACGGCAUGCCUCCAUGUGCCUCAUACUGAUGUAUGCCAAAAUGUUCAUGAACACCUAGUAAUUAUAAUUGAACUAAAUGGAUAGGUUGUUUUUGAUUUUUUGAAAGAGCUAGAAAAUUAUUUUGUUAGUAUCGGGCUAAGAGCAAUAGGGUAUGGUGUACUGAACGAAUCUUCAUGGAAUUUACAUAAAAAAUCAAUAAUAAAGUAUUGUUUUGUUUGAAAUUUAGC